UAAACGCAUCGACACGAAGAAGAGCCUUUUUACCUAAUGAUAAUAUGAGCUGGAGUUGUUAUUUUCAGAAUGGAAGCUCUAGGUGACAUCCUAAAUAUAUUCCCCACUAAUGGCAGUGGGUUAUCAGUGACACUCAGCCUUUUCCUGAUCUUUCUUGGUCUUCUCUACUGGUAUUCAGUAUACCCUUUUUCAGUGCUCUCAAAAUGUGGCAUCAAACAUCCAAAGCCAGUGCCUUUUUACGGCAACAUAUUCAUGUUUCGCCAGGGAUUUUUCAAUCCAAUUAGUGAUCUUAUAAAGACACAUGGUAGAGUUUGUGGGUACUAUUUAGGCCGGAGACCUGUGGUGGUGAUAGCAGACCCUGAUUUGCUCAAGCAAGUGUUGGUCAGGGACUUCAGCAGCUUCCCAAAUCGAAAUUCUUUUCGCUUUGCUACCAAGCCCAUGAGUGACUGUCUGCUGUUGUUGAAGAAUGAAGAGUGGAAGAGAGUUCGGAGCAUCCUUACACCAUCUUUUAGUGCUUCCAAGAUGAAAGAGAUGGUUCCACUCAUCAACACAGCUACGGAAGCCUUAAUGAACAACCUGAAUGUCUAUGCGGAGUCAGGAGAGGCUUUUGACAUCCAUAGAUGUUUUGGCUGCUUUACCAUGGAUGUUAUUGCCAGUGUGGCUUUUGCAACUCAGGUGGACUCUCAGAACAACCCAGACGACCCGUUUGUCCAUCAUGCUCAGAUGUUCUUCUCCUUUUCUUUCUUCAGACCCAUCAUGCUGCUUUUCAUUGCUUUUCCUUUUAUUAUGGCUCCUUUGGCGGGCCUUAUCCCCAACAAAAGGCGAGACCAGAUGAACCAGUUCUUCAUCAGCAGCAUUCGGAAGAUCAUCAAGCAGAGAGAGGAGCAGCCUCCAGAGCAGAGGCGUCGGGACUUCCUUCAACUAAUGUUGGACGCACGAAACAGCAAGACUGAAGAGUGUGUGCCUUUAGAACACUUUGACACCGGGAGCCACUCUGAUGGCCUCGGUCACAGCUCUCAGCAAACAACGCCAUCAGCGUCACAUGAAAGACUCAAGCCUCAUCAGUCUCAGGAGCCUCCCACAAGGAGACCUCCAAAAAAGACAAUGUCUGAGGAUGAGGUUGUGGGUCAGGCUUUUGUUUUUCUCCUGGCGGGCUAUGAAACCAGCAGCAACACAUUGGCCUUCACCUGCUACCUCCUGGCUCUCCACCCUGAAUGUCAGCGCAAAGUACAGGACGAGGUGGAUGAUUUCUUCACCAGACAUGAUUCACCCGAUUACACAAAUGUCCAAGAGCUGAAAUAUUUAGACAUGGUUUUAAGUGAAGCACUGCGCCUGUACCCUCCUGGAUUCAGGUUUGCACGAGACAUUGAACAUGACUGUGAGGUGAAUGGCCAGCGCCUCCCUAAAGGAGCGUGGUUGGAGAUCCCAGCAGGUUUUCUCCACCAUGAUCCAGAGCACUGGCCAGAGCCAGAGAAGUUCAUCCCUGAGAGGUUCACUCCAGAGGCUAAAGCCAGUCGGCAUCCAUUUGUAUACCUGCCAUUUGGGGCCGGACCCCGGAACUGUGUGGGAAUGAGACUGGCUCAGCUGGAAAUCAAAAUGGCUUUAGUCUGUCUGUUCCACAGGUUCAGCAUUGUGUCAUGUUCAGAGACCAAGGUUCCUCUUGAGCUCAAGUCAUCCAGCACUUUAGGACCUAAAAAUGGCAUAUUUGUUAAAAUAGUGAGAAGAGGCAUGGAUGAAGGUCAAACAGAUGCUGCACCGGAUGAUUAGGAACAAAGUGUUCAUUGUUUUGAAUGGGAAUAUAUAUAUAUGCAGUCAAAAUCCAUCCUACUUCUGAGGGGCUUCAGUUGUGAUUCAUCUGAUUUAGAGUGAAAAUGCACUGUAGAGUUCUGUUAUAGUCGUGAACUGGAAAGUGGCCUGGAUGUUUGUGCUCUACUGAUUGAUAAAAUGAAGCACAAACAGAAGGUUGGCCAGUAUUAGUCACAUAUCCAGUCAGGCACUGAUGGGCGUCUCUCUGCAAGAAUUAAGACAAAAGAGGGAAUUAAAUUUUAUUUUACUAAAAUGAAAGUAACUCAACCUUUGCAGCUCAGUCGGCCAGGAUUCAGAAAUAUUGUUCAUGUGUAGCAGGCUACAAUACCUCAGAUUAACCAUUAAUCUAAGACACUGGUUUGGAUUUCAUGCCAUGUUAGGUUUUCUUCAGGAUGUGGUGAAAUUAAUUUAUGAUUCUUGACACAGUAAUACUAUGUUUCUGCAUCAGACACUGUUCUAUGAUUAAACUUGCUAUUUUAAAUGACAAAUAAACUAUAAGAUCUA